AUGAAAUAUUUUACUCUUUCUAAAACCUAAAUAGAAAGAAGCUUCAGUAAACUAGCUCUAGUUAUUCUUAUUGUUUUGUGCUUCUAAGGAGUCAGAGCUCAGACAAUCCACCUAAAUGAAGUCUUGAACUAUGAAGAAUGCUCAGUUGAUUAUGGGAUAGGUCUUUCAAUUUAAAUUAUAGACUUUGCCUAAAGAUUGUAUACUUGCGAUUAUGUUUUUGAAAAUCUUGCUACCUAUGAAAGCAAAUUAAAUUCCCUAAGUGAAUAAUAAUUAUCCAUUUAUGAAAUAUAUAAAGCAUUUGAAAAAACUCCUAAAAAGCUCAAGCUAUUGUUUGGAUAAUCUAACUUACCAGAAUACCUUUUAUACAAGCAAUUUACACUUAUAAACUCUUCAUGUGGAGAUCCUGAAAUCAUUUAAAAACUAGGAAACAACUUUAAUGAUUGCGAUUAUUGUAUGGGAUUAACUUAGUGCACCAAAAAAUUUGAAGAAAUAAAUCAAAAUAAAACUGAAAGUCAAUCAAUACAAAAGACAUUUAUUGAAGCAUUCUAAAUUUUAUGGAAUUGUAAUAAUCCUAGUAAUUAAGUUGAAGUGACAGGACUCUAUGAUGAUACUACUGAAUAAUAGCUUUUAUAAACUGAUGUAAAUGGAUUCGAAAAAGUAUGUAUGAUGUGUCAAGUUGAAAAUUGUGGUGUUUGCACAAAAAACUAUUCUUAAUGUCUAGAAUGUAAAGAGGGAUAUUAUAUGAAAUAAGGUGUUUGUACUAAAUGUCCUUUAAAUAAUUGUACUAAGUGCACUUAGAUAACUGGUGAUUCUAUCACUUGCAAUGUCUGCCAAAAAGGGUUUUACUUAUUCUAAGGUGAAUGUGUUGAUAUAUGCCCUCCUGAUUAUAAAACUACAUAGACUCAAUGUAUUUAGUGUAAACAAGGUACUUUUCUUUAAGGAGAAAUAUGUGUUGAAUGCUCAAAAUUCUGUAAGUAAUGUACAGGCCCUGAUACUUCUGAAUGCUAGGAAUGCUCUGAAGGAUUUGUUUUCAACUAAGCUAAAGGCUGUAUUCUGAAUGAUUUCGAUUUGAAUCCUUCAUUUAAACCUAAGACAUUUGUAGAUCCUAGAACAGGUACUGAAAAAGAAUGCAAUUUUUCAUGCGAUGAAUGUAUUGACUCUUCUGAUCUCUGCACAAUUUGUAACCCUGAAUUAAAUUACUUUGUAAAAGAGGGUGAUAGAUUUAGAUGCUUUAACAGAUGUCCUCUUUACUUCAAACCUAUCUCUUCUAGUUAAAAUCCACAAGAAAAGUUUAUUGAGUGUGUUAAGAGUGAAAGCUACACAUCUGAUAUUGAAGAAGCAGAUAAAAUAAGAAAUGAGGCUAAAAACAGAUGCCCAAAAUAACAAUACUGGGAUAUUUAAAGUCAAAAAUGCUACAAAUGCACUAAUAAUUGUAUUUCUUGCAAUAAUAAUUCCUCUUGCCUUGAAUGUGAACCUGAAUAUUACUGGGACAGUAAUCUUAAAACAUGUUCUCCUUGUCACCCAUCUUGUAAAAAAUGCACUGGUCCACUCUCUAGAGACUGCUUAUUAUGUGCUAGUGAAGAUAAAUUAUACCCUGAUGCAAAUGGCACUUGUGAAAAAAAUUUAUCUGACCUUUUACCAUAGUAAAAAAUUCUCUCUCAAAAUGAAAUUUAUGGAAAUUUGUAAGUUUGCAAGUAAUUCUUAAAUACAUAGCAAAACUAUUCUGUAGAAUUUUCAUAAAAAUACUCAAUUAAUGAUAGUUAAUGGUUGGAUAUUAAAAUGAUGUCUAAAAAUUCAUGCACAUUCUAAGAAUUCUAAAAUCGCUACAAAUAUUUAUAAAAGAGUGAAUAAAAUUGCGAGGACAAGCUGAUAUCUUAAUCCACAGUUGGAAAAAAUGGAGAUUUAGUUGCUAUUUACUCAAUACUCUUAUCAUAAUCAAGAGCUUAAAUUUCUUCGAAUGAGGUUAAUCCUUAAACAUUAGUUGAGUACGCAAUUAGUAAAAACUUCUUUAGCUCUAGCUAUCAUUUUUAUCCAAAUCCAACUUUCUCUUGCAGUAAUCUUUAAUGUGUUUCUCAUUUAGAUAGUUUACUAUAUGGCUUUUCUUCAAGUGACAACACAAAGGAAAUCACUAUUAAAACAGUAAAAGAAAUAGUUCUUACCUCUGAAAAGUAAACUCCAUUAAAUUGCUUCUAGAGUGGAUAAUAAGUUAACUAAAAUACUGUUGAAGAAAUCGAACAGAUUGUUAACAAUUCAUAGUAUACCCUAAAUACUGCUUCAAAGUAAUAUUUCAUAUUGUAUGCAUGUGGAAAAAGCUCAUUAGGUAAUUUUGCUUAAAAACCUUUGCUUGUGCAAAAGUACUUGGGAAAUGGUUUCUUUGAGGUGAUAAAUGUAAGUAACGCUCUGUCUUCCUAAGUAGAGGUCAUAAAUUUAUAUGGUGCUUCAAAUGAGUAAAAUGCUUACUUAAAAUAAUGUGAUUCUAAGUUAUCUAACACCUUAAGUUCAUAUUAAGUUUAAAAAGUGAGUAUUGUCUAAGUUGUUGAGUAAGACCCUAAUACUGACAAGCCAGAGUUGAUGUUCUAAUAAUACAACGAUAAAGUUGGAACCCCAAAUACUGAUCCUACUAAAUGCUCUUGUGUUGAAACAAAAGACUAUAUUCUUGCAAAUGAAAACUAAGGAAAUUAAUUUAUCACAGUUAUUACUCCUCAAAAUAAGAUUUUAACUGAAUCAAUUAAUGUCUAAAGUAUAAAUAAUAUUUUAAAGAAACACAACUUAGAUGCAGAUAUUAUGAGAACAAAUCGUCUAUCAAUAACUAAAAUAGAAGCUGAUUAAUUGUUCUAAGAAUACAUUCAAGAAACUACUGAAAGCGCCAAAAAAUGCUAUGGAAUUAACAAUUCAACUCCUCUAUGCAUGACAAAUGUUUUGGUAGAUCUACUAUUCUCUAACAAUCUUGAAUGUUAAUUUUCUUAAGAAAUAACAAGCAUAGUUAUGAAGUCAGAUUUUAGAGGGCUAAAUGAUUUUAUUAAAAAAUAAAAUUGGUGUAAUCUUCAUUAAGAAAGAUGCUUAAAAGCUCAAUAAACAUUGAAAAGCUGUUUUUGA